CCAAAACCAAAAAAGAAAAAAUUCCCAAGCUCACUCACUUGCUUAUUUUCCUCUCUUUCUUUCGUUUUUCCCUUAAUUGAUUUUCAAAUUUUUUUAAUAGAUUCAUAAUUGGUUUAUUUUCAAACUCGUGAUUCAAAAAAAAGUUGUGCUUCAUCUUUGACUUUUUCAAAUUAGGGUUUCCAUCUGUUCCAGCUUUUUACUUCCAUCGAUUGAUUCUCAAUCUCAUUGAGCUCCCUUUUGUUUUAUUUUGUGGAUUUGAUUCCAUUGCUUCAAUUUUUUAGGGUUUGCGAUUUUCAAUUUUUGUUAAGUCUUAUCGUUGAAAAAUGGGGGAUUCUCCGGGUACUAACGGAGCUUCACAAUCGCAACCAACGAGUACUACAACUUCUACUAAGAGGUAUGGGAUCACCAAGCCAAUUUCACUUGCUGGCCCUACUGAGGCUGAUCUUCUUCGUAAUGCUGAUCUGGAGAAGUUUCUGGUUGAUUCGGGUUUAUACGAGAACAAAGAGGAGAAUUUGAAAAGAGAAGAGGUUCUUCGCCGCAUUGAUCAGAUUGUAAAAGGUUGGGUUAAGCACCUGACACGCCAAAGGGGCUACACAGAACAAAUGGUGGAGGAAGGAAAUGCAGUAAUUUUCACUUUUGGGUCUUAUCGUUUGGGGGUUCAUGGUCCUGGGGCUGACAUAGACACCUUAUGCGUCGGGCCAUCUUAUGUGAACCGAGAGGAAGAUUUCUUCAUUAUUUUACAUGACAUUCUGGCUGAAAUGGAUGAAGUUACUGAGCUUCAACCAGUUCCAGACGCGCACGUCCCAGUUAUGAAAUUCAAGUUCCAGGGAAUAUCAGUUGAUCUUCUUUAUGCAAGUAUUUCUUGUCUGGUUGUUCCUGACGACCUGGACAUCUCUCAUGGGUCUGUGCUAUCUGAUGUUGAUGAGCAAACUGUUCGAAGUCUUAACGGGUGCAGGGUUGCUGAUCAAAUCCUUAAACUUGUGCCUAAUGUUGAGCAUUUUCGAACGACGCUUAGAUGUUUGAAAUUUUGGGCUAAAAGGCGUGGUGUGUAUUCAAAUGUUACUGGUUUCCUUGGUGGUGUAAAUUGGGCUCUUUUAGUCGCACGGCUAUGCCAACUUUAUCCCAAUGCGAUCCCUAGCAUGCUAGUUUCUCGAUUUUUUAGAGUAUAUACACAAUGGCGAUGGCCGAACCCCGUGAUGCUGUGUUCAAUAGAAGAAGAUGAACAUGGAUUUCCUGUAUGGGAUCCUCGAAGAAACCCUCGAGACCGAUUUCAUCAAAUGCCAAUUAUAACACCUGCUUAUCCUUGUAUGAAUUCUAGCUACAAUGUGUCUGUGAGUACUCUCCGAGUGAUGAUGGAGCAAUUUCUAUGUGGUAACAAGAUAUGUGAGGAGAUUGAGCUGAACAAGGCUCAGUGGAGUGCUCUGUUUGAGCCCUAUCUUUUCUUUGAGGCAUACAAAAACUACUUGCAGAUUGAUAUUAAUGCGGCAGAUGCUGAUGAUUUGCUGGCUUGGAAAGGCUGGGUGGAGUCUCGGCUUAGACAAUUGACCUUGAAGAUAGAAAGAGAUACAAAUGGGAUGCUGCAAUGCCAUCCUUAUCCAAAUGAGUACAUUGACAUAUCCAAGCAAUGUCCACAUUGUGCUUUCUUCAUGGGCUUACAGAGGAGUGAGGGGUUAAGUGGUCAGGAAGGCCAGCAAUUUGAUAUACGGGGAACAGUUGAUGAGUUUAGGCAAGAUAUAAACAUGUAUAUGUUUUGGAAACCAGGAAUGGAAAUUUAUGUAUCUCAUGUUCGCAGAAGGCAGCUUCCGGCUUUUGUUUUUCCUGAUGGAUACAAGAGGUCUCGUCCAUCGAGGCAUCCAAGCCAGCAGGCUGGUAAACCUAGUGAAGAUACUCCAAGGGCUGGGUCCGUUGAGGGGCAUCUUAAGAGAAAGAAUGACCAUGAAGUGGUUGGUGUAAAGCCAGUUAAACCUGAGAAACGGGCUUCUAUAAGCCCACAAAGGGUUCAUUCUGUUUCUCCAGAAAGUAAUAGUAGUAGGUGCGAUGGAACAUCUCUGGCUAGCUUCUCUGAAGAGGUUAAAAUAGGGUUUGCCACUGUUGGGGGUUUUUAUAGCAAUUCUGAGGCUAAGUCGCAUACAGGGCAGUCAGACAUUGGAAAAGGUAUCUUUGGCAGUGUUGUCCAGGUGGCUGAAACUGUUAAAUAUGAAGCUGUAUCCAGUGUUGGUAGUUCUAUGGAUUUGGAACAUUUGCCUGUAGUAAUAGAUAAGAUGGAGCAAGCCGAAUGCAAAUUCGUCAGUCCAGAUCUGAAAGUGGAGUUGCUUGAUCCAUGUGGAACAUCCAAUGCUGAAAUAGAGAAAGCACAUAAGACCAGCAGCAUAGAGAGAACUGGAGAUCCAGUGUCAGCUUCCAUGGAGAAUGAAGAGAAUGGAUCUACCAAGGGAUUGUUAAGUUGGGCAGCAAUUGCUAUGGAGGUUGAUGAAGAGCUAGUCAGACCUUGUAAUCAAACAGCAGUGGUAGAACUUGAUCAAAAUGUUUUAGGUUCAAAUUCCAGUGCUCGGAACCUCAAUUAUGAGGGUGAUAUGGUAGCUGCGGAUUCAGAUACACUUCAGGGCUGUUUAAAUACGGGCAGAGCAUUUCAAAGUGCAUUGCCAGAAGAUUAGAGCCAAAUACUGAAACUGGAAAGGUUGUAAAUUCUGAAGGAGCUAGGUCAGAAUUUUGGCAGAAGCCGGUGAUAAGGCAUGCAUUUUGAACCUCAAUUUUGUUUUCCUAAUCAAAAUAUCUUUAUGCUGUUGUAUUUGUUUGUUUCCUUGCCUCUGGUUUAGCAGGUUGAGCCUGAAGUCAACAGCUCAACAUUCGGGAUCCGUUAUCUGACGGGUUCGGUGUUUCAGAGUGGGAGGCCAGCAAUUUGGUAAGUGCACAUAUUUAUUGCUGGCUUUCAUCAGUUUACCGGGUUUCUGCCUUGGCUCUGUGAUGUGGACGGGGAGAUUAGCAUCAACAGCGCUUGCUUGGUGAUUUGGGCCAGUUUUCUCAGAUUUGCAGUGUUUGUUGCUGACUUAGCUCCCAGGAAACCGUUGAACUUGCUGAUGUUUUGAUAACAUUCUCUGCUGUUUUAGAGCAGUGAAUAACUUCUCCUUGCACAGUUCAGGAAUUUUUAUGCUUUUAUUUUCCUGAAACUUUGGGUGGUUCUGGUCCAGUCGGGCCCUUUAAAGGUUACUUGGACCCAAUAUUCACAUGGAACAAUGGAAGGGGGCGUUUGCUUCUCUUUUUGAUGUUCAAGCCUUUUGUGUGGCUUUUAGGGCAUUUUAUACAUUACAUUGUAAUUCAAGUACAGAGAUUUUUCUUGUUUCUUUUUUAAAUUUUCCGUACGAGAAAAAUCAAACAAAUAGAUACAUGAGCAUGUCUUUUUGAGACUUCUGGCUUUACUUAUCUGAAAAGAAAUACAUACGGCAUAAUGCUUCUUUGCACUCAA